GUACGGCAUCGUUUCUCUGGAGACGCUGUCUUCGUCUGCCUCACGUCAGUCAUCGGUCAUGCAGGGCUGUUUGCACUAAUCCCAAUCGCCCUUAUUCCCUCUUAAUCCGUGCGCAAUUUGAUACCCACUACUACGAAUGUACCACGCCUUACUCCGUGCUCACCAACUGUCCUCCACCCUUGCAGCCGAUUACGUCUCCACCUGCUUUCACUAUAUGUAUAUUUGUCCUCUCUAAGUCUACUCCUUGCGGAAGACUUGGUUGCCAGGUUGCCUUUUUAUUUUUUCACCCUCGUUCUUCCUGUUAAGAAUCAACCCAUUCUCCUUCCCACGACCGCAAUCUCGGAUUCGCAACAUGGCCGUAUCAAUACAAGACCGCACCAGUGAAUUCGGAGCGAUUUUAGGACACGCACAGAAACGCCUAGCAUCCUCAAAAGUCGGGUCGCAACGCCAGGCAUUGCUUUCAGACUUAGAACGAAGACAAGCGAAUGGUUCUGCGGAUGCUGCUGGUGGCAAGCGAUCUAGGUCGGAGUUUGCGCGAAGAGCCGCCGAAAUUGGCCGGGGGAUAACUGCGACUACUGCAAAGUUGCAGAGGUUAGCAGAAUUGGCAAAACGGAAAACGCUAUUCGACGAUAGACCUGUUGAGAUCUCCGAAUUGACAUACGUAAUUAAGCAGGAUUUGGCGUCGCUAAACUCCCAGAUUGCUUCGCUACAGGCUCUGACCCUUGCCAAACAUCCAAAGUCGACUCGAGCCAAAACAGACCAAGAAGGAGAGCACAAUGACAAUGUAGUCGUUAUGCUUCAAGGGAAGCUGGCGGAUGUCGGUUCGAAUUUCAAAGAAGUCCUGGAGGUUCGCACAAAGAAUAUACAAGCUUCACGAUCUAGAACAGAGAACUUUGUGUCAUCCGUGUCAUCGAAAUCGCACGCAGCCCUUGAUCCACAAAGAUCCGACUCUCCCCUCUACAAUACAUCUGGUAGACGAACGCCUCAGCCAGGGUUUCAAAGCGGAGCAUCGGAUCUACUCACAUUGGAGCCUACAAAUCCAUCGCCUCUUGGACGUCCAUCGAUCCACUCGGACCAACAGCUACUAGUCAUGGAGGAAGCACAAUCCAGCAACUCAUAUAUCCAAGCGCGAGGGGAAGCUAUCGAUGCCAUUGAACGAACUAUUAGUGAGCUUGGUGGGAUCUUCGGCCAGCUGGCUCAGAUGGUUAGCGAGCAGUCGGAGAUGAUCCAACGGAUCGAUGCGAAUACCGAAGAUGUGGUGGACAACGUCGAAGGCGCUCAGCGUGAACUACUGAAAUACUGGACAAGAGUGUCUAGUAAUCGUUGGCUUGUGGCGAAAAUGUUUGGAGUACUCAUGAUUUUCUUCCUUCUCUGGGUUUUAGUAUCACCUUAAGGAUCUCGAUUCCUUUGCACCGCAUAAUACCCGUUCUCUUUGCCACUGUUGUUAUAUUUUCGACGUGGACUCGAAGAGUAUGCACUUUCCUGAAAUGUUCCACUUUACGGAGGCUAGAUUUGCUGUUCUAUGUUCUGUUUUUCGUUACUUUCCUUACACAAGGACCUUCUCAGCUGGCGAAUGAAUAUGGUGAUAUAAUGCGAUGCAACAAGAAUGCUCCUGGCAAGCCACUUGCUAUUAUUGCUUGCUAUUGAUUAUGAAAUUCCUUUAUGGGCGGCAGCUUUUUCUCUUUACCUCUGUAUAUGUAAUAUAAUGAUAUUGGAAAUCCUGAAACCCGUGUCCAAAAUGCGGGAACUCUCUACGCCCCGAACACUCGUGUAGUGGAUAAUCAUGAGUAGUGCACAUUAUUGUAGGCGAAUGUGC